CUCCUACACUCUUACACUCUUUCCAUCUCUAGUUUUCUCUUUUUCUUUCGGUGAAAGGAGGGGUGAGUGAAUAGGUAGGAAAGGCUACCAAGGUGCUUCGAAGCGCAGUUGCGGCGGCUCAGGAUGCUGCCCGACGGAGCAAGAAGAUGGCCGUGAUCGGCGAGACCAGGUAUUACUCGGCGAUCCGUGCGUGCGCGUACACGAAAUCUUCGUGUCGUAGGGUCCAGAUCGAAAAGGGCUCAUCGUCAUCGUUAUCGUCGUUUUCAUCGUCGGCCUCCUCCUCCUCCUCCUCUUCCUUUUCCUCUUCCUCUUCUUCUUCUUCUUCUUCUUAUUCUUCAGCCUCCUCAACUUUCAUCUCUUCGUCCUUUUUCUCCUUUUCUCCCUCCUCCUCCUCGUCGACGCCGUCGUCGUCGCCGUUGCCGUCGACCCGUCGUUGUCGACAGAGGAGGAAGGGGCAUUCGACGAGCCUGUUGGUCGCGAUGUCGUCCUCUCGUGGCAGUGGACCUGACUCUGGUGAUCUCAGCGACUCGGAGGACGGUUAUGUCGACACGGAUCCUCUGAAGUAUGAACUUCGCAACAUUCAAAGCGUCAUACACGUGACAAGGCAGAAUAUUGAUGCUCUCAACAACCGCUUUGCUGGUUUUCAACAUCCACCAUCAAUAUAUCUAAAUGAGUAUCAAGAGCUCACCAGUAAGUUGCACGAUUUGGAGUCCAAGGAACAGAAGCUCAAUGAGUUAUUGAAUGCAGGCAAAACAUCUAUUGGGGUAUCCAUGUCUGAGAAUGAUUCUCGAGACACUAAUGCUAUCAAUAGGUAUCCUAGGACGCUUAUGAAAUCUUUGCUCAGGGCCUAUUUGCCCAACAAACAGCGUACGAGUGUUCAAGUGCGCGAAGGACUCUCUUUGAGGGAUGCUUUAGCCAAGGCGAUGAAGUUGAGGAAUCUAACCACAGAAAUGUGUGCCGUCUAUAUACUUGGGGUAGAUAAAUCCAAGUAUUUGACUUCUUGGGAUGCAGACAUCUCUUUACUCGACUGCGAUGAGAUAUCAGUUGAGAUUUUGGAUAAGUUUCCUAUAACUACUUCAAUAUCACAUAAUUUUGUGCGAAAGACUUUCUUUUCCUUGGCAUUUUGUGAGUGCUGUAGAAAAUUACUCUUUCAGGGUUUCUAUUGUAGGACAUGCAAUUAUCGCUUUCAUCAGAGGUGUGCUGGCAGUGUACCUGCUCUGUGCCACCAAGUGCGUAUGCAAGAUGCUUAUUAUCAAGCGUUACUGGCACACAAUCCUGAAACAACAGCUGGAAUUUUGCAACUGCCAUCUGGCUAUGGCUUGAGCCGAAGUAUGUCACCUUCUUUAGCACCGUCUAGAAAUCAGAGACAUCCACGUUCCUUAGGACAACAGGAUCGUUCCAGUUCUGCACCGAAUGUUUGUUUCAACAUGGUUAGAUCUGGAGGUGAACCAGCUAAUCUGGAUGAAUAUAGUAGGUCCCAGAGUUUAGGUCGACCUAUAGGUACUACCCAGUGUUCUGUCUCACCUGGUAGUAGUCCUACUAAGCAUAGUCAAUCGACGCAAGCUAGUCCAACCAGUACUUUGAGACCAAAACGUCCAAGAGCACGAUCGGCUGAUGAAUCUUCGAAAAAUCUUUUAGCUCCAAGAGAGUCUAUAGAAGACUGGGAAAUUCCAGCCGAUGAAAUCUUGGUAGGAGCACGCAUUGGCUCAGGAUCCUUUGGUACUGUUUACAAAGCUCACUGGCAUGGACCUGUAGCAGUGAAAACUUUGAAUGUGAAGAUACCGACCACAGCACAGUUACAAGCAUUUAAAAAUGAAGUGGCUGUUUUAAGAAAGACACGACAUGUAAAUAUUCUGUUAUUUAUGGGAUGCGUUAGUAAACCACAGCUUGCUAUUGUAACGCAAUGGUGUGAGGGUUCAUCUUUAUAUAAACAUCUGCAUGUAUUCGAAUCAAAAUUCGAAUUAUUAACUCUAAUAGAAAUUGGCAGACAAACUGCACAAGGCAUGGAUUAUUUACAUGCUAAGAAUAUUAUCCAUAGAGAUUUAAAGAGCAACAAUAUAUUUCUGCACGAUGACCUUACUGUUAAGAUUGGUGAUUUUGGUCUUGCCACUGCAAAAACAAGAUGGUCAGGAUCUCAACAAUUUCAUCAACCAACUGGAUCUAUUCUUUGGAUGGCACCUGAAGUUAUUAGAAUGCAAGAGGAAAAUCCAUAUAGCUUCCAAUCUGAUGUUUAUGCCUUUGGUGUAGUUUUGUUUGAACUGCUAGCCGGUCAGUUACCGUACUCGAAUAUAAAUAAUAAGGAUCAAAUACUGUUCAUGGUGGGACGUGGAUAUUUACGUCCCGAUUUGAACAAGCUGCGUUCUGAUACUCCAAAAGCAUUGAAGAGAUUAACAGAAGACUGUAUUAAAUUUUCGAGGGACGAUCGACCAAUAUUCCGGCAGAUCUUAGUAAGCCUGGAGGGUCUUCUGCGUGGUUUACCCAAAAUCACAAGAUCUGCAUCCGAACCAAAUUUAAACAGGACGCAAUUACAGUCUGAUGAUUUUCUGUAUACUUGUGCUUCACCAAAGACUCCGGUGAACUUCCAGUUUGGAGCAUUUCCCUUUUAUCCUACCGGUGGGAACAUAUAAAGAGUAUUGCCCAAAUUAAUAAGCCUGAUGUAAUCGGUAUAUAGAAGGUAUAUGAUAAAACCGAAUAAGAUCAUUAACACUUAGUUAUGAACAAUCCACACGAUUCUUUCCAAUUAUAUAUCUUUAUCAAAUCACAAAUGUUUGCUCAAUGUGAAAGAAGACUGCAUUCUUCGACAUGACAUAAGAAAUAAAAUUAAAAGUAAAAUACAAUCUUUAUCGCAAAUAAGGGAAUAAGAUACGACUAAAUUGUAUAAAUUAAUUGGAUUAAAGAACUUAUGGCGACGUGUCGAGUGUAUGUCAUGGUAAAAACGAAAAAAAAAAAAAAAAAAAAAUAAAAAAAGAUGCAUGUGUAACUUUUACCUUUACACACUACUUAAAGCAAUGAAUUUUUAUUUAUAAUCAGUUAACAAUUAUUCAUAUAUAUAUACACAUAUAUAUAUAUACAUGUAUAUAUAUACGUACCUGCACGUGAGCAUAAUAAUUUGUUGAUUUUGUGAGAUCCUUGUGAAGGAUGUAAAAAAUAAUAUUUAACAAAAAAAAAAAAAACAAACAAAAAACAUUUAAAAAAAAAAAACAAAAAAAAAAAUAAAAAAAAAAAUAACGGCAUUUAAGUCGCGCGGACUGUCAUUUAUCCGAUAGAUAUUUUUCCAAAAGCCGAAGUGAUUUUUGUACCUACUUCCUUUUAUUUUCGUCUCUGAUAUGCACGCGCACGAUGAGAACAUUUUUUGAUCUUACUUACUGAAGGAUACUUAUCGCGUCAAAACAAAAAAAAAACAAAAAAAAGAAAAAAAGAAAAUGAAAUAAAGGAGUUGUAAAAAAAUGUAUUGUUAUGAUUACGCGUAAAAAGAAAAAAAAAAAGAAAAA